AUGGAGAACAUCAACACCCCAAGUGAUCUGAUUUUUGGACAAAGUGAGCUGCAGUACCUGCGACGAGCCUUUCUGAGCUCCCAAGCUGACAUCCAGAAACUGGCCACAGAAAAUGCUGCUCUGAAACAGCAGAUGGCCAGCAAAGAGCAAAGCUGGGAGAACGAAAGAAAGAAACUUCUUUCUGAACACCGUCGCAUUUUGGCCGAAGACGUUCUUCAGACCAGUACGGAACUUGAUAAGGUCGUAGAAGAACUAAAACUGAAAAGGGAGCUCUAUGAACUGCGUUGUGAGAUGUCCCGACAAGUGCAGGAAAAGGAGGAUGAGGUCCGCUCCAUAAAGCAAGAACUCCUGGAUAAGACGAAAGACCAGGAAGAGGACCUGAGAAGGGAAAACGAGAAAGUUUCCAAGAGCUGUGAGGACAAGGUCACAGAGCUGAAAACCACCUAUGACCAGCAGGUGAGUGACCUGAAUACAGAGUGGCAAAGCCGGCUUCUCGAGAAGGAGAACGUCAUCACUGACCUGGAGGUCAAAGCAAAAGAGGUCAGUGAAGAAAACCUUCACUUGAAAAAGAAAGUGGAAGUUAUGGAGGCGUUUUUGACCAAGCUGGAAAAGUGGAAAACAAAAUGUCAAGAUCAGCUGGACGAUCACUGCAGAGUAGAGGAGCAGUUGCAUCUUAAAGUCGAGCAAUUGGAAGAGAAGAUAGAGCUCCUGACAAAAGAAAACACUGACCUAGAGCUGUUCAAGAAAAGCCAAGAGGCGGCAAUGAAGAGGAGGAAGGAAUUGAGGGCGCUGAGACAAGCAGAGAGGGAAGAGCGAGAGAAGAAGGAGAAAGAAGACGAGGGUAAGGACAAAAAACAGUUAAAGAGAGAACGGGGGGAAGGAGAGAAAAACGAAAAGAUGGGGAAAAAAGACCGUGAGAAGGUGGAGAAGGAGAGAUUAAAACAAGAGCAGAAGGACCAGAAGAAGAGGUUAAAACAAGAGCAGGAGGACCAGAAGAUUUUUGGACAAAGUGAGCUGCAGUACCUGCGACGAGCCUUUCUGAGCUCCCAAGCUGACAUCCAGAAACUGGCCACAGAAAAUGCUGCUCUGAAACAGCAGAUGGCCAGCAAAGAGCAAAGCUGGGAGAACGAAAGAAAGAAACUUCUUUCUGAACACCGUCGCAUUUUGGCCGAAGACGUUCUUCAGACCAGUACGGAACUUGAUAAGGUCGUAGAAGAACUAAAACUGAAAAGGGAGCUCUAUGAACUGCGUUGUGAGAUGUCCCGACAAGUGCAGGAAAAGGAGGAUGAGGUCCGCUCCAUAAAGCAAGAACUCCUGGAUAAGACGAAAGACCAGGAAGAGGACCUGAGAAGGGAAAACGAGAAAGUUUCCAAGAGCUGUGAGGACAAGGUCACAGAGCUGAAAACCAGCUAUGACCAGCAGGUGAGUGACCUGAAUACAGAGUGGCAAAGCCGGCUUCUCGAGAAGGAGAACGUCAUCACUGACCUGGAGGUCAAAGCAAAAGAGGUCAGUGAAGAAAACCUUCACUUGAAAAAGAAAGUGGAAGUUAUGGAGGCGUUUUUGACCAAGCUGGAAAAGUGGAAAACAAAAUGUCAAGAUCAGCUGGACGAUCACUGCAGAGUAGAGGAGCAGUUGCAUCUUAAAGUCGAGCAAUUGGAAGAGAAGAUAGAGCUCCUGACAAAAGAAAACACUGACCUAGAGCUGUUCAAGAAAAGCCAAGAGGCGGCAAUGAAGAGGAGGAAGGAAUUGAGGGCGCUGAGACAAGCAGAGAGGGAAGAGCGAGAGAAGAAGGAGAAAGAAGACGAGGGUAAGGACAAAAAACAGUUAAAGAGAGAACGGGGGGAAGGAGAGAAAAACGAAAAGAUGGGGAAAAAAGACCGUGAGAAGGUGGAGAAGGAGAGAUUAAAACAAGAGCAGAAGGACCAGAAGAAGAGGUUAAAACAAGAGCAGGAGGACCAGAAGAUUUUUGGACAAAGUGAGCUGCAGUACCUGCGACGAGCCUUUCUGAGCUCCCAAGCUGACAUCCAGAAACUGGCCACAGAAAAUGCUGCUCUGAAACAGCAGAUGGCCAGCAAAGAGCAAAGUUGGGAGAACGAAAGAAAGAAACUUCUUUCUGAACACCGUCGCAUUUUGGCCGAAGACGUUCUUCAGACCAGUACGGAACUUGAUAAGGUCGUAGAAGAACUAAAACUGAAAAGGGAGCUCUACGAACUGCGUUGUGAGAUGUCCCGACAAGUGCAGGAAAAGGAGGAUGAGGUCCGCUCCAUAAAGCAAGAACUCCUGGAUAAGACGAAAGACCAGGAAGAGGACCUGAGAAGGGAAAACGAGAAAGUCUCCAAGAGCUGUGAGGACAAGGUCACAGAGCUGAAAACCACCUACGACCAGCAGGUGAGUGACCUGAAUACAGAGUGGCAACGCCGGCUUCUCGAGAAGGAGAACGUCAUCACUGACCUGGAAGUCAAAGCAAAAGAGGUCAGUGAAGAAAACUUUCACUUGAAAAAGAAAGUGGAAGUUAUGGAGGCGUUUUUGACCAAGCUGGAAAAGUGGAAAACAAAAUGUCAAGAUCAGCUGGACGAUCACUGCAGAGUAGAGGAGCAGUUGCAUCUUAAAGUAGAGCAAUUGGAAGAGAAGAUAGAGCUCCUGACAAAAGAAAACACUGACCUAGAGCUGUUCAAGAAAAGCCAAGAGGCGGCAAUGAAGAGGAGGAAGGAAUUGAGGGCGCUGAGACAAGCAGAGAGGGAAGAGCGAGAGAAGAAGGAGAAAGAAGACGAGGGUAAGGACAAAAAACAGUUAAAGAGAGAGCGGAAGGAAGGAGAGAAAAACGAAAAGAUGGGGAAAAAAGACCGUGAGAAGGUGGAGAAGGAGAGAUUAAAACAAGAGCAGAAGGACCAGAAGAAGAGGUUAAAACAAGAGCAGGAGGACCAGAAGAUUUUUGGACAAAGUGAGCUGCAGUACCUGCGACGAGCCUUUCUGAGCUCCCAAGCUGACAUCCAGAAACUGGCCACAGAAAAUGCUGCUCUGAAACAGCAGAUGGCCAGCAAAGAGCAAAGCUGGGAGAACGAAAGAAAGAAACUUCUUUCUGAACACCGUCGCAUUUUGGCCGAAGACGUUCUUCAGACCAGUACAGAACUUGAUAAGGUCGUAGAAGAACUAAAACUGAAAAGGGAGCUCUAUGAACUGCGUUGUGAGAUGUCCCGACAAGUGCAGGAAAAGGAGGAUGAGGUCCGCUCCAUAAAGCAAGAACUCCUGGAUAAGACGAAAGACCAGGAAGAGGACCUGAGAAGGGAAAACGAGAAAGUUUCCAAGAGCUGUGAGGACAAGGUCACAGAGCUGAAAACCAGCUAUGACCAGCAGGUGAGUGACCUGAAUACAGAGUGGCAAAGCCGGCUUCUCGAGAAGGAGAACGUCAUCACUGACCUGGAAGUCAAGGCAAAAGAGGUCAGUGAAGAAAACUUUCACUUGAAAAAGAAAGUGGAAGUUAUGGAGGCGUUUUUGACCAAGCUGGAAAAGUGGAAAACAAAAUGUCAAGAUCAGCUGGACGAUCACUGCAGAGUAGAGGAGCAGUUGCAUCUUAAAGUCGAGCAAUUGGAAGAGAAGAUAGAGCUCCUGACAAAAGAAAACACUGACCUAGAGCUGUUCAAGAAAAGCCAAGAGGCGGCAAUGAAGAGGAGGAAGGAAUUGAGGGCGCUGAGACAAGCAGAGAGGGAAGAGCGAGAGAAGAAGGAGAAAGAAGACGAGGGUAAGGACAAAAAACAGUUAAAGAGAGAACGGAAGGAAGGAGAGAAAAACGAAAAGAUGGGGAAAAAAGACCGUGAGAAGGUGGAGAAGGAGAGAUUAAAACAAGAGCAGAAGGACCAGAAGAAGAGGUUAAAACAAGAGCAGGAGGACCAGAAGAUCGACAGAGGCAGCGGGGAGUUGGUGAACAGAGUGGAUCAGAGUCGCUUUGGAGGGGACUAG